GCUACUCCUUUUCCAGCCUAAAAAUUUGCUCUCAUUUUCGUUGUAUUCUAUGUUGCUUCUCUUCCAAUAAGUUUUUGUUUCUAUGCAUAACAAAUAGUUCAUCUUCAGCUUUUUCUAGCCAAAUAUUUUCCCACUGUUUUACAAUUUACAGCCACCAUGAUCUUUAGGAUAUCUUUGCUGUUGCUGGCCUUCAUGGCUGCAAAAGCAAGUGCUGCUUCAAUUGACAAGCAGACAUAUAUAAUUCACAUGGACAAGAACAAGAUGCCUGCCUUAUAUGACCCUCUAGGCAAUUCCAGGCAGUGGUAUGAAUCAGUAAUUGAUUCCAUCACCCAAUUCUCAUCCCAAGAACAAGAAGAGGAGCAGGAAACAGGAUUUCCUCAGCUUCUCUACACCUACGAAACAGUGACUUCUGGUUUCGCUGCGAAACUCUCCACCAAACAAGUGGAGGCCUUGAGCCGAGUCGAUGGCUUUCUCUCCGCCAUUCCUGAUGGAAUGCUGACUCUCCACACCACACACACUCCUCAGUUCCUUGGACUGCAAAGUGGAAAGGGACUAUGGAAUGCUCAAAAUCUGGCUUCAGAUGUGAUAGUUGGCAUUCUUGAUACUGGAAUCUGGCCUGAACAUGUUAGCUUCCAAGACUCGGGCAUGUCUGCAGUACCCUUGAAAUGGAAAGGCAAAUGCGAGAGUGGCACAAAGUUUUCACCAUCAAAUUGCAACAAGAAGCUGAUUGGUGCAAGAGCCUUCUUCAAAGGGUACGAGUCUAUUGCAGGAAGAAUUAAUGAAACAGUUGAUUAUCGAUCCCCUCGGGACUCACAAGGCCAUGGAACACAUACUGCAGCAACUGCUGCCGGUAAUCUUGUAGACAAAGCAAGCUUUUAUGGAUUGGCAAACGGUUCGGCAGCUGGAAUGAAGUACACAGCAAGAAUUGCCGCUUACAAAGUCUGCUGGACAUCAGGUUGUACCAACACCGAUUUAUUGGCUGCCAUGGACCAAGCUGUCGCUGAUGGGGUUGAUGUGUUAUCACUCUCUUUAGGGGGUUCUGCAAAGCCUUUUUAUAGUGAUAGCGUUGCUAUAGCGUCAUUUGGGGCAAUCCAAAAGGGGGUUUUUGUUUCUUGCUCUGCUGGCAAUUCAGGUCCAUCUAUCUCCUCAGUUGACAACAAUGCUCCAUGGAUCAUGACAGUAGCUGCUAGCUACACCGACCGAAGGUUUCCAACAACUGUCAAACUUGGAAAUGGACAAUCUUUUGAAGGGGCAUCUCUAUAUACAGGCAAGGCAACAGCACAGUUACCACUAGUGCAUGCAGGGACUGCAGGUGGCGAAGGAGCUGAGUAUUGUAUAACGGGGUCGCUGAAGAGAAAAUUGGUGAAAGGCAAAAUGGUUGUUUGCAAGAGGGGAAUGAGUGGCCGAGCCCAAAAAGGAGAGCAAGUGAAAUUGGCAGGAGGGACAGGAAUGCUUUUAAUCAAUACAGAAACUGGAGGGGAAGAGCUUUUCGCUGACGCUCACGUUCUGCCGGCAACUUCUUUAGGAGCCUCAGCAGGUAUGGCUGUCAAAGGGUAUAUGAACUCGACUAAAAGGGCAACUGCUUCGAUUGCCUUCAAAGGGACAGUGUACGGUAAUCCUGCACCAAUGUUGGCUGCAUUUUCAUCCAGAGGACCUAGUUCAGUGGGACCAGAUGUGAUCAAGCCAGAUGUGACCGCACCAGGGAUGAACAUUUUAGCAGCGUGGCCACCAAUGACUAGCCCAACUCUACUUAAAAGCGACAAAAGAAGCGUAUUGUUCAAUGUCAUUUCAGGCACUUCAAUGUCCUGCCCUCAUGUGAGUGGUCUAGCUGCACUACUUAAGUCAGUCCAUAAAAAAUGGUCACCAGCAGCAAUCAAAUCAGCACUAAUGACAACAGCUUAUGCUACAGACAACAGGGGAUCUCCAAUUGCAGAUGCUGGGUCCAGUAACUCUGCAUCAGCUACCCCUUUCGCGUUUGGCUCUGGCCAUGUUGAUCCAGAGAGAGCUUCAGAUCCAGGGUUGAUAUAUGACAUUACCAUAGAAGACUAUUUAAACUAUUUUUGCAGCCUAGACUACACAUCUUCUCAAAUAGCUCAAGUGUCCAGACGUAAUGUCACUUGUCCUGACAAUAAAGCUCUCCAGCCCGGUGACCUGAACUACCCUUCUUUUGCAGUGAAUUUUGAAGGCAAUGCUCGAAAUAACAGGGUGAAAUACAAGAGAACCCUGACAAAUGUCGGGACCCCUUCGAGCACCUAUGCAGUAAAAGUGGAAGAACCCAAUGGAGUAUCAGUGAUCCUGGAGCCUAAGAGUUUGAGUUUUGAAAAAUUGGGACAGAAACUGAGUUACAAUGUGACCUUCGUUAGUUCAGGAGGAAAAGGUAGAGAAGGUAGUUCCUCUAUUGGAUCUUUAGUUUGGCUGUCAGGAAAAUAUAGUGUUAGAAGUCCCAUAGCAGUAACCUGGCAGUAGUUUCAGGACUGCAGAAUAAGAAAACAGAGUUGUUUUAGGUGCAGACUGCAGACCAGACAGAAAAAAAUUCCAGAAAGUGGAAGUUUCCAGUUCAAAUCCUAUGUAAUCUCGUUAAAAGAUUACUUGGAAACUUCUUUUA